AUGACCGAUGAUGUAGUGACGACGGCCGCGACGGGCUCGGAGGGUAAUGCCACGCAAAACCCCUCGGUGCCGGGGCCCGCUCCGAUGGCACCCUCGACCGGGUCGGAUGAGCAGAUGCCCGCUGCGCAUAUAUUCGACCCUGCUUCGGCAGACAGACUACUGCAGUCUUUGGUGCAUGCUUCAGCCGAGCUCCAAGCGGUCCCUUCAUCAAACAUACCUGUCGAGAACCCUACAAGCAACAUGACAACACAAACAACACAAUCCACUACGAGUCCUGCAGCACCUGCAACGAGUCUCUCUCAACAGCCCAAAAUGGGUACGGAUGCGAACCAGAGCUCAAACAUCCCAGAGAGUAUCCUCAAGGCCAUCACGGCAAAUACCCAAACUACCAAAACCACCACGACAGCAACUCCUCUAACGAAUCCUCCCGCGCCGAUACCUGUUCAACCUGCAAUGAACCCUCCGAAUCUCCCAAUCGCCACUUCGCCAACGAAAAGACCCGCGUCGCUGGAAUCGGAAGCACCCGCUGCAAAGAGAAUCAAGAUAGAACCCAUCGAUGACACGCAGGCAAUCUUGCCGGAGACUCUCGCCAGUCUCGCAAACGCGACACCCGUCUCUGUACCCUCUGCUGCGACAUCCACGCAGUCCGCUCCGGCACCCGUCUCAACUCCCACCGCAGCUCCUAUUGCAGCUCAGGCCCCGGCCACCACCUCAGUCACGCCGAUCGCUUCCAUAGAGAAAUCACCUUCAGUGAAACUUGAGCCGGGGAAGGAGACCGCAACCCCAGAGCCGGUUAAGGAAACUACGACUCCCACGCCGCAAACGAGAGCGCCCGCACAUCCGAGGAAGCGGAGGAGAAUGCUGGAGGCACCGGCGCAAGCGUUGCGAGGCAUGAACAUGCAGCUUUUGGGGAUAACUGCCGUGCAAGUGCUGGAAUGGCUGUCUCAGGAGCCCUUUGAAGAGUCCAUUGAUGCCCUUCGUGACCUCGAUUCCGACUUCUACGCGUCCUACAGCUUCAAAGUGACCCAGUUUGAACAGGCGUGGAGAAACUUUUCCCAAACGGACGACGAUCUUUUGGUCUGGUCGAAACUAGGUCUUGAUGAUCAGAAGCACCGUAAGACGGUGCGGCUGGCAAACCUUGCUCGAUUCGGAAUCGAUCUGUUUUCCGAAGACGAGACAUAUCUACCUACUCUCCAUGAGAGAUUUUUCCAAGUCUUCGUCUACGGCACGAGAAAGUUUACCUUUGAUCAUUCUAACAUCCUCUUGGAGCUGAAAACGCAGCUGGCGUUGAGUCUGCUCGCCGAGAACACCAGUGGGAAAACUCCCGCCGACCUGCUACAUGAGGUCUUCACCGAGGGUUUAGAGUCGGUCCUCAAAGAACGAAGUUGGAACCAGGCCAACUUCGAUGAGGAGCUUGGCAUGUUAACCUCGGCGGAGAUAAGAAUGUCGCUCUUAUUACAGGAAUACGAAGAGAGUGGCAACAACGCCCAAGUACUUGUAGACCGUUACCCUCCCGACUCUUUAUUAAAACAGCUUGGGUCCUAUAUUCACAAUGAGCUAGUGGCCCAUGCGGAUCACUGCCAGACGCUUGCUGUCAGUGCGAGGGCUGUCGGGAAGCAGCAAACCACCAUCCCUGCCCAUGUCGCGUUACAGGACGACGAUGACUACUGGAAGAAGACGAAUAGCCUCAUCGAUGGUGUCGGGGAAUCAAUCAUGGCGGAGAUUAAAGGGUUGAAACCUGCAUCCGAGGAGAAGCCCACGGAUGCUGUGCCAGGCGCAGUCAGCACAUCCCAAGGAACAGACAAUCAACCUUCCGUACCGAGCGGCACCCCACAGCCUCAGGCCGCUGCAGCACCCGCCUCGAGUGCUGAAAGCAUCCCAGCCUUGAGCGAAGAGAUGCAGAAGCGAAUUGGCGCAAUUCUUGGGCCGUUAUUUGAUUAUAUGAACCAAAGGAUUGCGUCGCGCGAAGCGGAGCUUGCUCAAGCAGCUCUUCCUGCCACUCCAGUCCCAAAUCUAGCUCAUCACGAUACCACCGCACAGAACCUCUAUCUCCUCAAGGCGGCCCAGAUGCCUCAGGCGCAACAAGGCGUGUAUGGCCAGCAAAUACCAGGCGCCGCGCAAGGAGCUACUCCUGCGGGCCCUCCCCUUGUGCCCAUGCCGGGCCACGCUCAGGGGCAUGUGCCAGUACAUCCUCUGCCCCAUGCCGGCCUCGGACAGGUCCACAAUCAUAUUACCGGACCCGCUGCCGGACGAGCGUCGGGAGCAGCGGCGCCAGGUGAACUUCCCCCCAACCAAACCUGCCCCACCUCAAUUCUAUACGAUAAGGCACGACAAGCGGCGCUUUCGAAGUCUACUGCUCAUACCCGGAGAGAGGGUAUCCACUCAACCCGUCGACCUUGGACUCCAGAGGAAGAGAAAGCGCUUAUGACUGGCCUCGACAUGGUUAAGGGACCCCAUUGGAGCCAAAUUCUAAGCCUGUUUGGUCCUAACGGCACCAUAUCAGAUGUUCUGAAAGACAGGACCCAGGUUCAGCUCAAGGAUAAGGCUCGUAACCUGAAGCUUUUCUUCCUCAAGACACAAUCGGAAAUGCCCUACUACCUCUCGGCUGUCACAGGAGAGCUUAAAACCCGCGCCCCGAACCAGGCCGCCCGGAAGGAGGCGGAAGAGCGGGCGAGGCUCAGUCGCGAGGAAGAUCAAGCGAAGGCACAAGGUCUCCUGAGUCUCUCCAGCAGCCUACAAAACUCACCUCAGCUCGCGAACCACGGCCAAGCCGGAGCAGCGAGCCUUGCGCGCAAACAGACCCCGGGUGUGGUUACCCCGGCGCAGGCAGCCCUGGCCGCACAGAUAACGACGCCCGCAAUGGCUCAAGGUCAAGCCCAAUCUGCAGCUGCCCAGAGACCGAUCCAGGCGUCUCCAGUCGUCUCAAACGUUACCCAGGCCGCAAUCCCCGCUUCAGCACCCACUGUAACGCCUUCGCCUAGGCUUGCGUCUGCACCAAACCCCCUUGCCCAUUUGCAAGCUUCGACGCUGCAGGCCGGUGGGACAACCCCAGGUAGCGCAGUGAAUAGAGCAACCACCACAUCUACAAGCCCAGCUCCUCCUACGCCCGCACAGGUAAUCGCCACUCCUGCAACAGCCCAGCGACCGCCUCAAGCCUCUCAUCUCGCACCAAGCCCAUCAGUUCAUGCCCAAGUCGGUGGCCAAAGACCCAUCGCUUUGCCGCAGGCAAGACCCCAAGUUUCAACCCAAGGACAGCCGCAGACCUACACACCAGCGACGGCCACGCCCGCAUCAACGCAGCCAUCCGUACCUACUGCCUCCACAUCCGCCAUCGCCGCUGCCAGCACGGCCACUGCCCCUGCUACUUCUGCACCUACGCCGACCCCGCCCGCAGCAACGCCCACCACCCAACCGAAGAUGCCCACCCUCCCACUUUCGGUGACUUCUCUGCCCAACUUCCCCACCACCAGUACCUCUGCGCAUCACAGUGCCCUCCACUCCCUCGCCGCGUCGAGGAUAUCGACUCCUCCCGUGACACUGUCGCAAUCCUUCCCGACGUCGACAAUACCCGCCAAUUUGUUCUCGCGAGUGACGGAGGCCGAAGCUACGAAUGCCGCGCUCUUGGAGAGGUUGCGGGCCGAGGUGGCUAAGGAGGCUAGGUCGGGCUAG